UGCUUGCACGCAGAAGGUCCCAAGUUCCCUCCCUGGCAGCAUCUCCAAGAUCGGGCUGAGAGAGACUCCUGCCUGCAGCCUUGGAGAAGCCGCCGCUGCCAGUCUGGGUAGACAGACAAUACUGAGCGCCAAAUGCACCAAGGGUCUGACUCAGUAUAUGGCAGCCUCCUGCGUCUUUUGCGCAUCGCGCUUUAAGAGGCCGGGCAGAGGAUGCAAGAGGGCGCUGAUGGGCGGCGGAGUAAAGGCGCUGUUGGAUGCGCUCGGGGCUCUGCCUCUCCGGCUCUGGCGUGUCUGGGCGAGAGAGAGCGUGCAGGUGGGCGGAGGCAGCCCGUGACUGAUGCCCUGGAUCUCUCUCUGCUGGCUAAAUCCUCCGGCUCAUCUCUUCCUUCCCCCUCCCUCUCCCCCCUGCUGCCCUGUCGCUGUGGCAUCAGCAUCAGCACCACCAUGGAUUUCAACAUGAAGAAGCUGGCCUCGGACGCCGGGGUCUUCUUCACCCGCGCCGUGCAGUUCACAGAGGAGAAACUGGGUCAGGCCGAGAAGACUGAACUGGACGCGCACUUCGAAAAUCUCCUGACCCGGGCAGACAGCACCAAGAACUGGACGGAGAAGAUCCUGCGCCAGACAGAAGUCUUGCUGCAGCCAAACCCUAGUGCCAGAGUUGAAGAGUUCCUGUACGAAAAGCUCGACCGGAAGGUGCCCUCACGGGUCACCAAUGGGGAACUCUUGGCACAGUACAUGAUCGAAGCUGCCAACGAGUUUGGCCCGGGAACUCCGUAUGGCAAGACCCUCAUCAAAGUCGGGGAGACCGAGAGGCGCCUGGGGGGAGCAGAGCGCGACUUCAUCCACUCCGCCUCGAUCAACUUCCUGAGCCCUCUCCGCAACUUCCUGGAAGGGGAUUGGCGGACCAUUUCGAAAGAGAGACGGAUCCUGCAGAACCGCCGCCUGGACCUGGACGCCUGCAAAGCCCGGUUGAAGAAAGCCAAGGCGGCCGAAGCCAAAGCCGCGGCUGUGCCUGACUUUAACGAGACUAGACCGCGUAAUUACAUUCUCUCCGCCAGCGCAUCAGCGCUCUGGAGUGACGAGGUGGAAAAAGCAGAGCACGAGCUGCGACUGGCCCAGACGGAGUUCGACCGGCAGGCAGAAGUGACCCGUCUCCUCCUGGAAGGCAUCAGCAGUACCCAUGUCAAUCACCUCCGCGGUCUGCACGAGUUUGCCGAAGCCCAGGCCACAUACUACGCCCAAUGCUACCAGUACAUGAUGGACCUGCAGAAGCAGCUGGGCAGCUCCAGAGGAGAAAUGCUUCCUGGCACUUUUGUGGGCAACGCCGAGUCCGCCUCGCCUCCGCCGGCCAGCGCCUCCCCCCCGGCCGGAGCUGCCGCCACGGGCCCGGCAGUGCCCACCAUUCCGGUGGUGCCCACGGCCGUUGGCACGCCCAACCCUGGCCCAGCCCUCGAAGUGCUGAACCACAGCAACGUGAAGCCCCCGGCCAGCGGGACACGGAAGGCCCGAGUGCUCUAUGACUACGAAGCCGCGGACAGCAGUGAGCUCUCUCUGCUGUCGGACGAGAUGAUCACAGUGUACAGCCUGCCAGGGAUGGACCCAGACUGGCUCAUAGGGGAGCGAGGCAAUCAGAAGGGCAAAGUCCCCGUCACCUACUUGGAACUGCUCAGUUAAGCUCCUCGGGGAAGGACGCCUCCCAGCAACUCACCGCCACCCUGUGUCCUGGCAUUUUUUUUAAAACGGCUGAUGACGUCCUCUAGGGCCAUUUUUGCUCCCUUCCGGGUCCGAUCUUUCUCACUGAGCACUGUCUUGGAUUAAGGCAAAGUGGGGUCUGAGCUGGUGGCAGAGUGGGGGGGGGGGCGGUGGUAGGGAUCCCAACUUCUCCCACUUCUUUCCGAGCUGCCUGGGCCAGAAUCCCAUCAGCCAGCCACAGAACCCGCUUGGAGGGUUGGUGACGGGAUUCAGCGUCUCUCUAAGCCUUUUGGUUGGUCUGCCAUUCGCCCCCUCCUCGCCUGCUCUUUCUGUGCUGCGGCUGUUCAGUCUGGUUUCAAACCCAAUCGCUUUCUGGCCAUGCAGCGGUCUUUGGGUGUGCCUUUUCCUCCCGUCCUGGCCUUCGUUUCACCGAUUGCCUCUUUGGGCCCUGCUUCUCGCACUCUUAGGCAUCGCGCUGAACUUUAGGGGGAUCCUGCACCGCUUUCCCAAUCGAAAGACAAGCCCUCUUUGCCCCCACAAAAGCAUUUCUCAAGUUUAGGGACAGGCUUUCUUGUUCUUCACGGGCGCUUGCUUCCACGCUUACAACCACGAUUUAAGAAGGGUUUAUGACAAUAGGAAUUUGAGAGUUGGAUUCCCGGGUUCUAGAAAAUGGCCCGAAAAAUCCCCAAAACACACGCCAAGAAAGAAACCUAGGCGGGGGGAGUAGGGCACCCCAGUGCAUCUUGGCCACCUUGUCUAUUAUGUUCUCCCUCCCUAGGAAUGCAAAAGGUUCUGUCCCCUCCCAGCCCCUCUGGGAAUGCAUAAAGUACAAAAUAAUACAGUAAUGUAAGAUCAUCCACUGCAUCACAGCACAGACCCCAGCAGUAUUCCCUGUAACAAGGGUUCCCAGAUGUCGUUGACUACAAUUCCCAGCUGUCGUGGCUUGGGCAACACCUGAGAAUCCUUGCCACAGGGACCACUGAACUCCAGGCCGCAGGAGGCAGUUCCCAGAAGCACCCCCGGGCUAGUGCCCUCACCCCAAACGAGUUCACGUUAAGCACUUGAGGCAGGUCAAGGUCAGGCGUCACAGGCCAAAUUCAAGGCCAGCACUUCCGCGACCCCGUUCAAGUCGGCACACACAGAGGCGUCCCCCUCACGCCACUGCUGGAGUUUGCGGCUUCCUUGGUGGGGUGAAAUGAAACCAGCCGCGGCGUUAGCAGGAGCGAAGAGGGAGGUCUUCAAAAGGCAGUCACGGGGGAUCAAGCCUCCGUUCUGCUGCCAGAAGCUCCCGUGAAUGGCGGCGGGCAUUAUGCUUGAGCCGUGGAUAAGGAGGUCUUCCUGGAUCUGGAAGCCGACACUUGAACCCCCCCUAUUCCUUAGAGCAGGGCUUCUUGGGCUUGGCUGCUGAGAUGUGGGACAGUUGUCCUGCCAACAGCUGGUCUGGCAAAACCCUCCCAGGAAGUGAGAGAGGCUGCGGGCCAGGAGGGAGAACUCAAAGGCUGAGUCCCCUUGGACUAGUCCCCUUGGACUAGUCAGGCUCUUUGAGGUUGGGUUGUGCUGCUUUUGCAUUUCUCGCCUCCGCGCUCUUUCCUUUCCCCAUCCCCAGAACUUGCUCUCUCUCUGGUGAAGCUUCUCCCCACCCAACCCUUCCCUGCCUCUUCUCUUGGACCCUGGGAAGACCGGCUCAAAAGGCUGCUCUGGGUUGAGCUGUUCUCUCUCCCGCCCGCUUGCUUGUGCGUUCGCCGUGCAGGGACGCCCGGAUGGUAUGACGCAGCAGCCCCCUGCCCUUCGCCAGGGCCUCCUCCAUCACCUCCCGGUCCAGGUGCUGCCACGUAAGCCAUAUUUCUUCUGGGGGGGGAGGGAGGGAGGGGUGGGCCACUCUGAGCAGAUAUCCCUAAAGUGGGGCGGGGCGGGGGGGGACCUGCUCAGCCAGCUUGCUUUGUGGAGCCAGUAUUCACUCUCACACCUUUGUGGUUUCUUUAAUGUAAAAGAUUCCAGAGCACUUCUAUGCUGGGGCUAAAUAUAUCUAUUAUUCAGUUGACUUUUUCUUUUCUUUUUUUUUGCCAAUAAACACCUAGCCUGCCCUUCUGUCUUGCUCUCUUUGUGAGCUUCAGCUCUCCCCACCCUCCAAAAAAACCCCACAUCCACCCUGCUGUGUUUACCGAAGACAGAGGUAGGGCUCAGUGCAUCUCUGGCUUCCCGCAGCCCUAAAGGAGAGCAGUUUCUGACUGUUGCGGGUAGGGUGAACUUUUGCAGGUUGGGCUUGUGGUGAAACCUUCCUCCCUGCAGAGCUGUCGAAGGUAGAACUCCUUUGGGAUGGGCAGUGUGUGCUCUUUUCACCUGCCCUGGGCAUCUGUAGCCUGGCCCUUGCGUAUUGAGAUCCCUGGCUGUCUACCUGCUUAAAGGGCCAGAGACAGCAUCUCAAGAGUCGGGGGCCUACCUGGAUCGGGGCGGGGGGGAGCAGGGGAAGAGAGGAAGGCAGAGGCCUGCCGAUUGAUUUGAAAACCAGCUUUCCCGUGUGGGAGUGUGUGUUCUCAUGUAGGGUUUUGUGGGCUUGACUUUGCUACCGAAAGCAAGGUUUCCUGGCCCCCUUCUCAGAAGUGCUCACCUUGCCUCAAGUCUAUAAACUGUCCCUUCUUGCUCUCCAGGAAAGUCUCCCGCAUGGUGCCCCUUGAGCCAAAUGGCAGCUCUCCUUCUCCCCAGAGCAUUUCCCGGUGUGUGUCUCUCUCUCUCGGCACGGCGUCAAGGCCUGUGAACGUCUUUGUAGCUAAGGGUGACGCAGCUGUGUGUCUAGUUGCUGUGAAUUCUUUUAAAACGUUUGGGAGGGGAAGCCGCAGACGGCAACGUGCUCCGAUGUAAAGGAAAGUUCCAAUCCUGUUCCUGCUACCAUGCCUAAUAAACGCAACUUGCCUGCAACUUGA